ACACAUACACAGCUCUGCACCACGCACAUCACACACACACAGCUCUGCUGCAUACACAUAACUUCAGCUCAUCCAGCAGCGAUCACAACCAGCACAGCAGAGUCCUGCAUACACUGAGCAGAGGAGCCUAGAGCAGCAGCCCCUGAUCAUGUGACUCCUCCUCCUCCUCCAUGUGACUGAUCACAUGACGGUGACAUCAUCGCAGGUCCUGUAAGCACACGGCUCCUGUACAGUCUGCAGGUGGAGGUAUAUACGGGUGUGGUGACAUCAGGAGCGCUGGGGGAGGGGACAUUACUAUUAACCCCUUCAGGUCCACAAGGUUUUAUGACUUAAUGAAGAAGAUCACAAGAUCCAGAACUUUCUGUGUAUUUGUCUCUUUCUUUCUUUCACUGUUGUUGUUUCUAUUAGCAGCCGCCAUUUCUCAUCGUCUCCUCUUCUUCCCUUCAGGUUUCUCCAAUCCAGGAUCCUCUGCUGAUAUCUUCUAUAUAAGAGAAUUCUCCUGGAUGACCCAUCAACCAUGGAGAGAGACAGGAACAAGAUGGCCGACAGGAUCAUAAACCUCACCCUACAGAUACUCUUUCGGCUUACUGGAGAGGAUUACACAGUAGUGAAGAAGUCCUCUAGUGGGCGCUGUCGGGCCCCUGUGUGUGAAGGAUGGGGAAGAACCCUGAACCCAAUCCCGGGGCCCCCACCUCACUCCCUGAUACAUGAGGAAAUGGAUGAACAGAAGAUCCUAGAACUCAUCAACAAGAUGAUGGAGCUGCUGACUGGAGAGGUUCCUAUAAGGUGUCAGGACGUGGCGGUCUAUUUCUCCAUGGAGGAGUGGGAGUAUGUAGAAGGACACAAGGAUCAGUACAAGGAUCAGGUCAUGAUGGAGGAUCAGCAGCCCCUCACAUCACCAGUCAGAUCCAGUAAGAGAACAGCACCAGAGAGGUGUCCCCGUCCUCUUCUUCCACAGGAUGAUCAGGGAGAAAAUCCGAACAAUAUUAAUGCUCCAGAGACAGAUGUGAGCAGUGAUGAGCAGUGUAAGAAGGACAUUCCUACAGGGAGGGAUCUGAUCUAUAUUAAUGUUAAAGACAUAAAGGAAGAAGAGACAGAUGUGAGCAGUGAUGAGCAGUAUAAGGAGGACAUUCCUACAGGAAACAAUCUAAACUAUAUUAAUGCUACAGACAUAAAAGUAGAAGAAGAGGCAGAUGUGAGCGGUGAUAAGCAGUAUAAGGAGGACAUUCCUACAAGUAACCACCCCGAUUCUUGUAGCAGGAGAUCAGAGGAGAAUCUUAUAUCUUCAGAUUAUAAAGCAGAUGAUGAUAUCACACAAGAUACAUAUGAAGAACAUUCCAUUAUCCCAGAUACACCCUCAGCCCUUCACAGCCAAGAUCUGUCAUCUCAUCCUUAUAUACAGGUCCUGUCUUCUCAGUCAUCACAGGAUGUUCAGCAAAAUAAAGGUCACAGAAGGGGUGUUGGACAUCAACGAGCUCAUACAGGAAAGAAACCAUAUUCAUGCUCAGAAUGUGGGAAAUGUUUUACUUUUAAAUCAGGUCUUGUUCAACAUCAAAGAAUUCACACAGGAGAGAAGCCAUUUUCAUGUUCAGUAUGUGGGAAAUGUUUUACUCAGAAAUCAGACCUUGUUGUACAUCAAAGAACUCACACAGGGGAGAAGCCAUAUUCAUGUUCAGAAUGUGGGAAAUGUUUUAGUGUUCAAUCACAUCUUGUUCCACAUAAAAGAACUCACACAGGAGAGAAGCCAUUUUCAUGUGUAGAAUGUGGGAAAUGUUUUACUGCAAAAUCAACACUUAAAUAUCAUCUAAUAACUCACACAGGAGAGAAGACAAUUCAGAAAAAUCUUUCAGAAUCUUCGGCGGCAAAGAAUCAAAUACAGAAGAACAAACACCGAGAACACGAAAAGAAAGACAAGAAGUGUCGGGCCCCUGUGUGUGAAGGAUGGGGAAGAACCCUGAGCCCAAUCCCGGGGCCCCCACCUCACUCCCUGAUACAUGAGGAAAUGGAUGAACAGAAGAUCCUAGAACUCAUCAACAAGAUGAUGGAGCUGCUGACUGGAGAGGUUCCUAUAAGGUGUCAGGACGUGGCGGUCUAUUUCUCCAUGGAGGAGUGGGAGUAUGUAGAAGGACACAAGGAUCAGUACAAGGAUCAGGUCAUGAUGGAGGAUCAGCAGCCCCUCACAUCACCAGUCAGAUCCAGUAAGAGAACAGCACCAGAGAGGUGUCCCUGUCCUCUUCUUCCACAGGAUGAUCAGGGAGAAGAUCUGAACAAUAUUAAUGCUUCAGAGACAGAUGUGAGCAGUGAUGAGCAGUAUAAGGAGGACAUUCCUACAGAGAAAGAUCUUAUCUAUAUUAAUGCUACAGACAUAAAGGAAGAAGAGACAGACGUGAGCGGUGAUGAGCAGUAUAAGGAGGACAUUCCUACAGGGAAAGAUCUGAUCUAUAUUAAUGCUACAGACAUAAAGGAAGAAGAGACAGACGUGAGCGGUGAUGAGCAGUAUAAGGAGGACAUUCCUACAGGGAAAGAUCUGAUCUAUAUUAAUGCUACAGACAUAAAGGAAGAAGAAGAAGAGACAGAUUUGAGCGGUGAUGAGCAGAAUGAGAAGGAAAUUCCUACAGGGAACUGCCCAGAUUCUUGUAGCAGGAGAUCAGAGGAGAAUCUUAUAUCUUCAGAUUAUAAAGCAGAUGAUGAUAUCACACAAGAUACAUAUGAAGAACAUUCCAUUAUCCCAGAUACACCCUCAGCCCUUCACAGCCAAGAUCUGUCAUCUCAUCCUUAUAUACAGGUCCUGUCUUCUCAGUCAUCACAGGAUGUUCAGCAAAAUAAAAGCCACAGAAGGAAUGAUGGACAUCAAAGAGAUCACACAGGAGAGAAACCAUAUUCAUGCUCAGAAUGUGGGAAAUGUUUUAGUUUUAAAUCAGGUCUUGUUACACAUCAAAGAACUCACACAGGAGAGAAGCCAUUUUCAUGUUCAGAAUGUGGGAAAUGUUUUAAUCAGAAAUCAAUUCUUAUUGUACAUAAAAGAACUCACACAGGAGAGAAGCCCUUUUCAUGUUCAGAAUGUGGGAAAUGUUUUACUUUUCAAUCAAGUCUUGUUAAACAUCAAAGAACUCAUACAGGAGAGAAGCCAUUUUCAUGUUUAGAAUGUGGAAAAUGUUUUGCUCAGAAAUCAGAUCUUGUUAAACAUCAAAGAACUCACACAGGGAAGAAGCCAUUUUCAUGUUCAAAAUGUGGGAAAUGUUUUACUCAGAAACCACAUCUUGUUGUGCAUCAAAUAACUCACACAGGAGAGAAGCCAUUUUCAUGUUCAAAAUGUGGGAAAUGUUUUACACAGAAGUCAAGUCUUCAUCAGCAUCAAAGAAAAGAACUCACACAGGGGAGAAUCUCUUCUGGUUUGCCAGCGGUGGAUGAACAAUUACGGGAUUUCAUGACAAUUUGGCAAGAAACCCGACACUCUUUGGAGCUCACUUCUUCCUUUAUGAAGUCUCAGUCGGAUAACAAGAGAAGGUCUCCUCAGACUUUCUUCCCUGGUGACAAGGUCUGGCUUUCUUCUAAGUAUGUUCGUUUCAGGAUCCCCAGUUACAAGUUGGGUCUUCGUUACCUUGGACCAUUCGAGGUCUUGCAGAAAAUGAAUCCGGUCUCCUACAAGCUCUGUUUAGGAUCCACUACCACCUGCUACGUUACAUUGGAACGUAGUGAAGAUGGCACCAUCCAUACUAAAGUAUACAGAAAACCGACUGCAGGCAAUAAUCUACUUAGGUGGGAAAGUCAUCAUCCAGUCCCCUUAAAAAAGGGUAUACCUAAAGGGCAAUACCAUCGUAUUCGACGAAACUGCUCAUCAGAUAAUGCCUUUAAAACAGAGGCCAGUGACCUUAGGUCACGUUUCAGACAAAGAGGAUAUCCCGACAGAGUUUUAAAACAAGCAUACCAAAAUGCAUGUACAAAGGACAGAAACAGUCUUCUCAAAUCAAAAGACAGGACUCCUGAUGAGACGACUGCUCCACGCAUAAUUGCCACCUUUGAUGCGGCAGCGUCAGAUAUCAGAUCAAUUAUCAAUCGUCACUGGCCCAUCCUAAAAAGUGACCCACUGGUAGGACAACUAAUUGAGGAUAGAGCAAUAGUGACCUACAGAAGGUCUCAAAAUCUACAGGACCUUUUGAUAAGGUGUCAGGACGUGGCGGUCUAUUUCUCCAUGGAGGAGUGGGAGUAUGUAGAAGGACACAAGGAUCAGUACAAGGAUCAGGUGAUGAUGGAGGAUCAGCAGCCCCUCACAUCACCAGUCAGAUCCAGUAAGAGAACAGCACCAGAGAGGUGUCCCCGCCCUCUUCUUCCACAGGAUGAUCAGGGAGAAAAUCCGAACAAUAUUAAUGCUCUGGAGACAGAUGUGAGCGGAGAUGAGCAGUAUAAGGAGGACAUUCCUACAGAGAGAGAUCUGAUCUAUAUUAAUGCUACAGACAUAAAGGAAAAAGAAGAGACAGAUGUGAGCGGUAAUGAGCAGUAUAUGGAGGACAUUCCUAAAGGGAAAGAUCUGAUCUAUAGUAAUACUACAGACUUACGGGAAGAAGAGACAGAUGUGAGCGGUGAUGAGCAGUAUAAGGAAGACAUUCCUACAGGUAACCACCCCGAUUCUUGUACCAGGAGAUCAGAGGAGAAUCUUAUAUCUUCAGAUUAUAAAGCAGAUGAUGAUAUCACACAAGAUACAUAUGAAGAACAUUCCAUUAUCCCAGAUACACCCUCAGCCCUUCACAGCCAAGAUCUGUCAUCUCAUCCUUAUAUACAGGUCCUGUCUUCUCAGUCAUCACAGGAUGUUCAGCAAAAUAAAGGUCACAGAAGGGGUGUUGGACAUCAACGAGCUCAUACAGGAAAGAAACCAUAUUCAUGCUCAGAAUGUGGGAAAUGUUUUCCUUAUAAAUCACGUCUUGUUGUACAUCAAAGAAAUCACACAGGAGAGAAGCCAUUUUCAUGUUCAAUAUGUGGGAAAUGUUUUACUCAGAAAUCAGAACUUGUUGUACAUCAAAUAACUCACACAGGGGAUAAGCCAUAUUCAUGCUCAGAAUGUGGGAAAUGUUUUACCAAGAAAUGUAAUCUUAUUCAACAUCAAAUAACUCACACAGGAGAGAAGCCAUUUUCAUGCUCAGAAUGUGGGAAAUGUUUUACUUUUAAAUCAAGUCUUGUUGUACAUCAGAGAACUCACACAGGAGAGAAGCCAUUUACAUGUUCAGAAUGUGGGAAAUGUUUUACUCAGUCAUCACAUCUUAUUGAACAUCAAAGAACUCACACAGAAGAGAAGCCAUUUUCAUGUUCAGAAUGUGGGAAAUGUUUUACUUAGCAAUCAAGUCUUAUUCAACAUCAAAAAGCUCACACAGAAGAGAUGCCAUUUUCAUGUUCUGAAUGUGGGAAAUAUUUUACUUUUAAAUCAAGUCUGGUUGUACAUCAAAGAACUCACACAGGAGAGAAGCCAAUUUCAUGCUCAGAAUGUGGGAAAUGUUUUACUUUUAAAUCAAGUCUUGUUGUACAUCAGAGAACUCACACAGGAGAGAAGCCAUUUUCAUGUUCAGAAUGUGGGAAAUGUUUUACUCAGUCAUCACAUCUUAUUGAACAUCAAAGAACUCACACAGAAGAGAAGCCAUUCUCAUGUUCAGAAUGUGGGAAAUGUUUUACUAAGAAAUCCUAUCUUAUUCAACAUCAAAGAACUCACACAGGAGGCAAGCCGUUUUCAUGUUUAGAAUGUGGGAAAUGUUUUGCUCAGAAAUCAACUCUUCUUCAGCAUCAAAGAACUCACACAGGGGAGAAGUCAACUCAGAUCAAUACUCCAGGAGGAAUCGUGACCAGAGCAAUCGAAGGAAUGACUGCAUUAUCAAAUGAGAUGGCCAAGAACUCUGGAAUAAGUCACCCAUUCACCGACUGGCCUGAGGGAUGGUUGGGAAGACGGACUGGAUUGGUGACGUCUGCCCUCAUCUCCAUCACGAUUGUGUUGGCCAUCUUGAAAAUGGGACAACCUCGAAAGGCCGUUGCUGGGACCAACCGACAUAGGCCACAAGCUGUGGUUGCCAAGACGGAAAAGAGGACCCGUGAGUUACUGGUGGGUGGAAUCCCACUACUUGUGGAACUGGAUUGCUGCCAGACUGUUUGCAGAAUUAUGCCAAACGUUAUUCCAUUCGUGAAGUCCCGACCAGAGUUUGGUAAGACUAUUCCAAUUGACUUUGAAAUGUGUUUUGGGACAUUGAGCCAUAUAAUGGAGGUUUGUGCCGAACUUACAGUAGAAAUUAUUCUGGGUAGAGACUUUCCAUAUUUCUGGCAGUUGUUGGAUGAGGAGAGGCCCCCACCUCACUCCCUGAUACAUGAGGAAAUGGAUGAACAGAAGAUCCUAGAACUCAUCAACAAGAUGAUGGAGCUGCUGACUGGAGAGGUUCCUAUAAGGUGUCAGGACGUGGCGGUCUAUUUCUCCAUGGAGGAGUGGGAGUAUGUAGAAGGACACAAGGAUCAGUACAAGGAUCAGGUCAUGAUGGAGGAUCAGCAGCCCCUCACAUCACCAGUCAGAUCCAGUAAGAGAACAGCACCAGAGAGGUGUCCCCGUCCUCUUCUUCCACAGGAUGAUCAGGGAGAAGAUCCAAACAAUAUUAAUGCUCCAGAGACAGAUGUGAGCGGUGAUGAGCAGUAUAAGGAGGACAUUCCUACAGGGAAAGAUCUGAUCUGUAUUAAAGCUACAGACAUAAAAGAAGAGACAGAUGUGAGCGGUGAUGAGCAGUAUAAUGAGGACAUUCCUACAGCGAAAGAUCUGAUCUAUAUUAAUGCUACAGACAUAAAGGAAGAAGAAGAGACAGAUGUGAGUGGUGAUGAGCAGUAUAAGGAGGACAUUCCUACAGGUAAUCGCCCAGAUUCUUGUACCAGGAGAUCAGAGGAGAAUCUUAUAUCUUCAGAUUAUAAAGCAGAUGAUGAUAUCACACAAGAUACAUAUGAAGAACAUUCCAUUAUCCCAGAUACACCCUCAGCCCUUCACAGCCAAGAUCUGUCAUCUCAUCCUUAUAUACAGGUCCUGUCUUCUCAGUCAUCACAGGAUGUUCAGCAAAAUAAAAGCCACAGAAGGGGUGUUGGGCAUCAACAAGCUCAUACAGUAUUUAAACUAUAUUCAUGCUUAGAAUGUGGGAAAUGUUAUAUUUCUAAAUCAGAGUUUGUUGUACAUCAAAGAACUCACACAGGAGAGAAGCCAUUUUUAUGCUCAGAAUGUGGGAAAUGUUUUACUUCUAAAUCAGUUCUUGUUAAACAUAAAAAAACUCACACAGAAGAGAAGCCGUUUUCAUGUUCAGAAUGUGGGAAAUGUUUUACUUUUAAAUCACAUCUUGUUAGACAUCAAAUAACUCACACAGGAGAGAAGCCAUUUUCAUGUGCAGAAUGUGGGAAAUGUUUUACUCUCAAACCAAAUCUUUAUAAACAUCAAAUAACUCACACAGGAGAGAAGCCAUUUUCAUGUUCAGAAUGUGGUAAAUGUUAUACUGAGAAAGCAAAUCUUGUUUACCAUCAAAGAACUCACACAGGGGAGAAGCCAUUCUCAUGUGCAGAGUGUGGAAAAUGUUUUGCUAAGAAAUCAAUUCUUGGUGAACAUAAACGAACUCACACAGGGGAGAAGCCAUUUCCAUGUGCAGAAUGUGGGAAAUGUUUUACUCAGAAAUCAAGUCUUGUUAAACAUAAAAUAACUCACACAUGAGAGAAGUCAAUUCAGAGCAGUAAAUGAUGCAGAUAACACAUCUAUAUAUUCACCAUGUACAUAGGAUAUCUGACAUUUAUACAUAUAUCAUAUACUGCAUCUCCAAACUUGUUCCCAAUUGUUAAUAAAAGUUUUCUUUCUUAUAUGAUUUAUUAUUCUUAUAUUCAUCUCCGCACACUGGACUUAUAAUAAAUGUAAUAUUGUCCCUGACGUUGUAUAUAGGGAAUGUAACGCGUCAGUGUUGUCCCCGCCCCCUUCUCAUUAUGAUUAUAGAGACUUUAAUUCAAGGCAUCAGACAGGAUCCGCGCGUCUCCCUUGAAGAUCGUCUCUUCUGAACAUAAGACGCUGCAGAUACUUUUAUUUAUCACAAACCCUAGACCAGCGUUUCCCGUCUUGACGUCUA